AUGAAGGGAAUUCACAUAGACCCUGACAAGGUGCAAGCUAUUCAAGAGCUUCAACCACUCAGGAAUUUCAAGGAAUUGAGAGGACUGCAAGGACGACAUGCUUACAUCCGAAGACUCAUAUUAAAUCUUUUGAGUAAGUGCCAACCCUUCGCUAAGCUGAUGAAGAAAGGUGUUUCCUUCGUAUUGAAUGAGCCUUGCCAACAAGUAUUCGAUGAGAUCAAGACAUAUCUCUCGAAUCCAUCUGUCUUGGCGGCCCCGGUCUCGGGAAAACCCUUCCUGAUUAAUGUACGGACAAUUGAGCAUUCUCUUGGCGCCCUCUUAGCACAUAAUGAUUAUGCCGGCCAUGAGAAAGGCAUCUAUUACCUGAGUAGAACCCUGUAG